AUGAUGGAUUUGAUGUGGAUCACGUGGCUGCCCUUAGUUCUUGGAGCCGCAAUUGGAUAUUAUAUCAGCUUUCUGCGAGAAUCUCGCCGCGUCUUUGUUGCUUCUAAAUCUGUCGCCGAUUCCACUGCAAAUAAGAAGUCUAAGACCAAGGAACCCCUAGAGAUUGAGAAACUCACUGAUUUCCGCAGAAAAUUCAAAAUGGUUUUGGUAGUGAGGAAUGAUCUUAAGAUGGGUAAAGGGAAAAUUGCAGCUCAAUGCAGUCAUGCAACUUUAGGAUUAUACAAAAAACUCCUUCGACGGGCGCCAAAAGCCUUGAACAGAUGGGAAAAUUGUGCGCAGCCAAAAGUUGUUGUCAAAAUAGAGAGUGAGGAAGAGAUGCUAGUUUUGCAAGGAAAAGCAAAGUCCCUUAAACUGCCAACACAUAUCACCAUUGAUGCUGGAAAAACACAGAUUGCUCCUGAUUCAAGGACAGUAAUGGCUAUUCUUGGACCGGUCGAUGUUGUCGAUGAUGUAACAGGUGGACUAAAGCUGAUGUAA